CACGUGCCUCUGUGGGCAGGCGCUGGAGGUGCGACCCGGGGGGCGGUUGAGGUUCACCGCCUCGUGCUGUACUGGCUUCUGGGUGGCCCUUAAUGUCUCUGAGGUGCUGAGGGGAAAGACGCGGGAGGUCUCUAGCCUGACACUAUGGAGGAAGAGAGAAGCUACAACUUCGACGGUGUGAGCACCAACCGCCUGAAACAGCAGUUGCUGGAGGAAAUCCGCAAGAAGGAUGCAGUGCAACUCUCAAUAUUUGAACUAAGACACAAGAUUACGGAACUGGAAGCCAAACUCAAUACUGACAAUGAAGGUAAUGAAUGGAAAACCCGUUAUGAGACACAACUUGAAUUAAAUGAUCAACUAGAAAAGCAAAUUGUUUAUCUCAAGGAGAAGAUGGAAAAAAUCCGUGGAAACUCUUCAGAUAGACUAUCUUCUAUUCGUGUCUAUGAACAAAUGCCAGUGGAAUCCUUAAACACAUUACUUAAACAGCUAGAAAAAGAAAAGAGGACUCUUGAAAGUCAAGUGAAAUACUAUGCACUUCAACUGCAACAAGAAUCAAAGGCUUACCAGAAGAUCAACAAUGAACGCCGUACAUACCUAGCUGAAAUGUCUCAGGGUUCUGGUUCACAUCAAGUUUCUAAAAGGCAACAGGUGGAUCAACUGCCUAGGAUGCAAGAGAAUCUAGUGAAAACUGGAAGAUAUAAUCCAACUAAGCAGAAGACAGUGAGUGCCAAGAGAGGACCAGUAAAAAAGAUUACAAGAUCAAACCAUCUUCCAGAACUCCAUCCAUGAUUCCAGAACUGGGUGGAUUUCUAUUUCUUCCUUUUUUUUUCAUUUAUAAUAUUCAACUUAUGAAGUUAGUGGUCAGCACAUUUCUUCAGGGAAUAAAAUAGAUAAAAACUGCCCAAUUUUUCUUUAGCUCCUUUUCCAGAUGUGUGUUCCUUUGUCUGCAUAAAAGUAAUUUUCUCCAGUGACCCUAAACUAUGUAAUAGAAGUGCUUGAGAGUUUUAAAAUAUCCUAGGGAAUCUGAAGGCUGGCAUCAUUACACUUGCUUUUAAUAAUAUACCCAUGAUCUGCUCUGAUAGUAACAUUGCUAUUCUAUUUGGUUUCUAGUUGACUGUUAGCAAAAAGUGUGUAUUCAUAAAACCUUUUUGCCAUUUUCGGCUGGAUCUUGCUUAGUUUUUUAAAUUGCAGGUUUAAACAAAGCCAAAAAUCAAGUCCAUUUUAAGUUUUGACUUGAAAUAUUAUGGUAUCGUAGAACAACCUUCGAUCAUAAAUAAACUUGUUUGUAGUCUCCACUCUGCCAUGAACUUAGGAGAUCUUGGGCAAGUCCCUUCACCUCAUGUUUAUUUCCCACACCUAUAAAAUGAUUGAGGCAAAACUAUACAUUUUCUGAGGUUUUUACAAUUCUAGAAAACCAAUAUUUAUUCAAUCAUAAGGUCCUACCACUUACUUAACACUGGUGAUUUAAGUCAUUUUGUGACGUGUGGUAAUUCAUAGUGAUGGACUAAUUCUUUAGAUCAAACUGCAGUUGUUCACAAUACUCAAGUCCAGAUGUGGAGAUAGAAUGAGGGUAAGAAAAUAGUUUUUUUGAGGCGUUUAUAAAAUGUAUUGAAUCUUCUCAUUCAUGGUUAGACUGUUUUUGUCUUUUAGAUAGUUUUUGUAACUGUCACCUAGGUCCGGAACAUAUAACUUAUUUGUCCACUUUAAUAAGUGAAAUCAUUGGACUUCAAAUUUACAGAAAUCACCUAGAGGUAAGUAUAGUUUCCAGGUAAUGGUGUUCUCACCCUAUAUCUGGCACUAAACCUAAAUUCUAUUCUGUAUCACCAGUAAUGAAUACCAAGUGCAUUUCUGUAACUACUUCCAUAAAAGUUUAUUUUCUUUCUUUAAGGAAGAAUAUAUAAAUUUCAUAUAGCCAAAAAUAUUUUAAGUUACUUUAAAAUGUAAUGUGGAAAAAUAUAAAGUAACUUUCUAUAAAUUAUUCUACAUUGGAAUUAUUUGUAAAUAUUUUCCCCUAUUCUUUAGCUAACUAUUGAUAUUAGGUGCCUUGACCCAUAUCAUUAGACAAACAUUAGAUUUUUAUGUCUUAUACCAUCUUUCUCAGCAUUAGUAGAAAAUUAAUAAUUUAAAUAAUAAUUAUAGGCCAGGUGUGGUGGCUCACACCUGUAAUCCCAGUACUUUGGGAGGCCAAGGCAGGCAGAUCACUUGAGUCCAGGAGUUUGAGACUAGCCUGGCCAACAUGGCAAAACUUGUCUCUCCUAAAAAUACAAAAAAUACGGUUAGCCUGGAGUGGUUGUGCAUGCCUGUAAUCCCAGCUACUCAGGAGGCUGAGGCACGAGAAUCACUUGAACCCCAGGAGGCAGAGGUUGCAGUAAACUGAGAUCAUGCCACUGCACUCCUGCUUGGGAGACAGAGCAAGGCUCUAUCUCAAAAAAAAAAAAUCCUUAUUAUAAUAAUUAUAAUUAUCAGUGAAAAAUAAACACAUUUUUUUCUUUCAUACAGAGCUAAGCUAUUGUGGGGACUAUUGAGGAACAUUUAAAGUUAUCUCAAUCACUGGGAUAAAAUAUUAGUUGAACAUCUUAUCACAGGGACUGUAUUACAUUUAAGUGUUGGUUCUUCAGGAGCUACUUUGGGGUACUUUUCAGAUACCAUAAAAUGUCUGUAUUAAACAGAAUAAUGGAAUGUUGAGAGAGGAUAAAGAACUGAAAUGAGGGACUCCAAGAUCUGUAUUCUAAUACCAGUUUUGCCACUUAUAAGCUUCUGACUUUGGUAAAUAACUUUUCAUAUCCUCAGUUUUAUCCUUUAUAAUUACUGCCUUGAGAUUGCUGUGCAGAUCAAGGGUACUUACCACAUAUUUAUUUCGUUACUUCUUAAUAGUCUCUUUCCCACUAGAAGGGAUGUGAAUUAGCUUUUACUAAUAUAGAGGUAUCAAAAAAUACCUACAAGAUAAAAGAUGAAAAUAAAAAUUAAAAUUUAGCAAGAAUUUCCAACCAAGAAAAGUUUUAGUUUUAAGCUUUCUACCAGUCAGUGCAAAGAAGCAAUGACUGCUUUCCUUUGUAGAAGGAAUAUACAAGUAGAGAAAAAGUUUUAUCCAGUUCUAAGCUCUGAAAAUAAUUUUGUCAUAAAGAAAAUGCAAUUACUGGCUGGGCAUGGUGGCUCACACCUCCUGUCACUUUGGGAGAGUGAGGCGAGUGAAUUGCUUGAGCCCAGGAGUUCCAGACCAGCCUGAGCAACAUGGCAAAACCCCAUCUCUACAAAAAAUACAAAAAUUAACCAGUUGUGGUGACACGUGCCUGUAGCCUAGUACUCAGAAGGCUGAGGUGGGAGGAUCACUUGAGCCAGGCCAGGAGGUUGAGGCUGCAAUGAGCCACUGCACUCCAGCCUGGGCAACAGAGUAAGACCCUGUCUCAAAGAAAAAACAAAUAUUGCCAUAAUAAAAAAGACAGAUCAUGAGUAUUGACAUGAGUGUGAAGAAGCUGGAAACCUCAUAUGUUGCUGGUGGGGAUGUUAAGUGUUACAGCCACUUUGGAAAACUAUCAGUUCCUCAAAAGGUUAAACAUAGAGUUACUAUAUGACACAGCAAGUCUCUUUGGUAUAUGCCCAAGAAAAAUGGAAACCUAUGUCCACGUAAAAACAUGUACAGGAAGGUUUGUGGCACCAUUAUUCAAAUAGCCAAGAAGUCGAAAUUACCCAAAUGUUCAUCAGCUGAUGAUCGGGUAAAUAAAAUGUAGUAUAUUCCAACAAUGGAUAUUAUUUGGCAGUAGAAAGGAAUGAAAUGCUGAUAUAUGCUACAACAUGGGUAAACCUUGGAAACAUUAUCCUAAGUGAAAUAAUGGAAUAACAAAAGACCAUAUAUUGCAUAAUUCCAUUUAUAUGAAAUGUCCAAAAUAGGCAAAUCCAUAGAGACAGAAAACAGAUCAAUAGUUGCUGAGGGUUGGGGGAAGGGUCGGUAAUGGAGAAUGACUGCCAAUAGGUACAGGAUUCCUUUUUCGGGUGAUGAAAAUGUUCUAAAAUUGAUUGCAGUGACAGUUGCACAACUCUGUGAAAAUAAUGAAAACUAUUGUUUACUUUAAGUGGGUUAAUUGUAUGUUUUGUGAUUUAUACCUCAGUAACGUUGUUGUAAAAAAUGUUAAAUAUACAUUAACAUUUAAAUAUUAAUUAGUAGAUAAAUGUUAAUGAAAUAUUAUUUGAUCUUUCUCAAAAAUAUGAUCUUAAAAAUACAAAAAUGCAUCAUCACUAGUGCUAUUACUGGGUAUAGAGCUUACUUUAUUUAUUUAUUUAUUUUUGUGUAUAUGUGUGUGUUUGUGUGUGUAAAAAUACAAUAAACUGGUUGGAAUAUCUGCCUUAUUA